AAUAAUAAUGCACAGUGGAGCUAGACCUAUGUACAACAAAAAUAUACAUCUGGUCUGAUUUAAACUCCUGAAAGUCUUUAUUUUGGAAACAAUUAUUUAUUUAUUUUACAACAGAAUAGGCCGUCCUGUAAAUUUGUUAACGCCGGUAAAUACUUGGGGAAAGAGGAAUGCGUUUCCUCUGUUUCGAUUGGCUGCGGAACAAGAACCUUGGCAAUUGUAUGGUCUUGAGAUCAGCCGCCGCUGAAGCCGAACAUGUCGGAUCCCACUGUUGCAGAUACUCGCCGAUUAAACUCUAAACCACAGGAUCUCACAGAUGCGUAUGGCCCCCCAAGCAAUUUUCUUGAAAUCGACGUUUAUGACCCACAAACAAUUGGAGUUGGCCGGAACAGAUUCACCACCUAUGAAGUGCGAAUGCGGACAAAUCUUCCCAUCUUCAAACUUAAGGACUCUGUUGUGCGGAGAAGGUACAGUGAUUUUGAGUGGCUGAAGAAUGAGCUGGAGAGAGACAGUAAGAUUGUGGUGCCCCCUCUCCCUGGGAAAGCUUUAAAAAGACAGCUGCCCUUCCGAGGAGAUGAGGGUAUCUUUGAGGAGUCCUUCAUUGAGGAGCGGAGGGUAGGCUUGGAGCAGUUCAUCAACAGACUUGCAGGUCAUCCCCUGGCCCAGAAUGAGCGCUGUCUUCACAUGUUCCUUCAAGAUGAGUCCAUUGACCGGAACUAUAUUCCUGGAAAAGUGUGAAUAAGGUAAGGUUGCUUUUUAUUCGUACUAAUACCAUUGUGAUAAUCCCCCCCCCAUAAAACAAAAAUAGAGUGGGACAAAAAAAGUAUUUAGUCAGCCACCAAUUGUGCAAGUUCUCCCACUUAAAAAUAUGAAAGGCCUGUAAUUCUCAUCAUAGGUACUUUUCAACUAUGACAGACAUUAGAGAAAAAAAUCCAGAAAAUCACAUUGUAGGAUUUUUAAUGAAUUUAUUUGCAAAUUAUGGGUGGAAAAUAAGUAUUGUCACCUACAAGCAAGAUUUCUGGCUCUCACAAACCUUCUUUAAGAGGCUCCUCUGUCCUCCACUCGUUACCUGUAUUAAUGGCACCUGUUUGAACUUAUCAGUAUAAAAGACACCUGUCCACAACCUCAAAAAGUCACACUCCAAACUCCACUAUGGCCAAGACCAAAAAGCUGUCAAAGGACACCAGAAACAAAAUUGUAGACCUGCACCAGGCUGGGAAGACUGAAUCUGCAAUAGGUAAGCAGCUUGGUUUGAAGAAAUCAACUGUGGGAGCAAUUAUUAGGAAAUGGAAUACAUACAAGACCACUGACAAUCUUCCUCGAUCUGGGGCUCCACGCAAGAUCUCACCCCGUGGGGUCAAAAUGAUCACAAGAACGGUGAGCAAAAAUCCCAGAACCACACGGGGGGACCUAGUGAAUGACCUGCAUGAGCUGGGACCAAAUUAACAAAGCCUACCAUCAGUAACACACUACGCCACCAGGGACUCAAAUCAUGCAGUGCCCGACGUGUCCCCCUGCUUAAGCCAGUACAUGUCCAGGCCCAUCUGAAGUUUGCUAGAGAGCAUUUGGAUGAUCCAGAAGAAGAUUGGGAGAAUGUCAUAUGGUCAGAUGAAACCAAAAUAUAACUUUUUGGUAAAAACUCAACUUGUCGUGUUUGGAGGACAAAGAAUGCUGAGUUGCGUCCAAAGAACACCAUACCUCCUGUGAAGCAUGGGGGUGGAAACAUCAUGCUUUGGGGCUGUUUUUCUGCAAAGGGACCAGAACGACUGAUCCGUGUAAAGGAAAGAAUGAAUGGGGUCAUGUAUCGUGAGAUUUUGAGUGAAAUCCUCCUUCCAUCAGCAAGGGCAUUGAAGAUGAAACGUGGCUAGGUCUUUCAGCAUGACACUUAUCCCAAACACACCACCCGGGCAACGAAGGAGUGGCUUUGUAAGAAGCAUUUCAAGGUCCUGGAGUGGCCUAGCCAGUCUCAACCCCAUAGAAAAUCUUUGGAGGGAGUUGAGUCUGUGUUGCCCAGCAACAGCCCCAAAACAUCACUGCUCUAGAGGAGAUCUGCAUGGAGGAAUGGGCCAAAAUACCAGCAACAGUGUGUGAAAACCUUGUGAAGACUUACAGAAAACGUUUGACCUCUGUCAUUGCCAACAAAGGGUAUAUAACAAGGUAUUGAGAAACUUUUGUUAUUGACCAAAUACUUAUUUUCCACCAUAAUUUGCAAAUAAAUUAAUUAAAAAUCCUACAAUGUGAUUUUCUGGAUUUCUUUCCUUCUCAUUUGGUCUGUCAUAGUUGAAGUGUACCUAUAAUGAAAAUUACAGGCCUCAUCUUUUUAAGUGGGAGAACUUGCACAAUUGGUGACUGACUAAAUACUUUUUUGCCCCACUGUAUCGGUCUUCGCGUCACCUCUACUUUAUCAAUCAGCACCUGUCCAACGUUCUCCUUUGUUCAUUUUCUCUGCGUAAAUGCAAGUGUAACUGUUGGCAUGAUCUGGUUGCAUGCAUGGGGCAAUCUUCACAAUUCAUCUUUAGUAGAGAUAACUUAGUUACUUCCCCUUUUGACUCAAACCAGUCAUGCAGGCUUUCAAGGGGGCACUAAGUAAGACCUAGAGGGCGGUAUCUAACAUACUGUAUAUCAUGCAGACCUUUUCAUUGUUUUGCUAACCAUGGUUGGUAUCUCGCCCAUAGUUUUUUAAAAUUUUCAUGACACAAUACAUUGAAGUAGCAGUGUACAUCAACUGCUCUCAUCUCCAGCACCCUAAAGUCUGCGUCUAAUACAGUACACCGAUACUGGUAACGCAAUUGCUCUAUUUUAUUUUAUCUUUAACUAGGCAAGUCUGUUAAGAACAAAUUCUUAUUCACAAUGACGGCCUAUCCUGGCCAAACCCUAACCCAGACGACGCUGGGCCAAUUGUGCGCCGCCCUAUGGGACUCCCAAUCACGCCCAGUUGUGAUGCAGCCUAUGAAUCACUGACUAGUUUUUCAAUCGUGAUUUUUCUUUUUAAGUAUUGAUUUCAAACGGCCAAUACUUCGUCAUUAAUGGGUCAAAUGGAACAUACCCUAAAAUCAUAUAACUUAUUUUUCUUUGAUUGUUAACCCAGCCAUAGCAUUGGAGCCUAAAACUAACCUACACACACCGACCCUACUCUAAUUAUUUUUUUCUCUUCCUCGUAGCUACUAUGUUAUAGGCUUUACUUGUUGAACAGUAAUGUUCUAUGUGCCUUUUUUUGUUUAGACUUUUUAAAGACUUGGUCUACAAAGUGUAGCAAGGCUAUAAAGGUGACUGUAGAAAUGGCAACUAAUGUUCAGAUGCUAAUGAGGCCAUGAAUUACCUGUGAAUUGUUUUCCUUUCUAUAGCAGCCCGGGGAUGAAAAUGAUGAUCUACACAGCCCAGCCCCCCCCCCUCCCCCUACACCCCCUGGCUGUUUGGCUUUAUCACUAGAGCUCACGUUGCCUCUUCCACAGGGGGCCUCCCCUCACAUCCUCCUUAACACCUGCAUCUGUGUUGGAACGCUCUGUAAAUAUGAUGUACAUAUAUACAUAUCUUAUUUGUAAUCUAUGUCUGGGGAAGCUGUCAGGAUACUUACAUACAGAGCAUUUAACUUGUAGCAGAUGUUUGAGGGUGGAGAAGGUGAAUUCAUGAAAUGAGUGAGUUAGUAAGCUACCUUUUGAAACAAGAACAUUUUCUACUUGACUUUAGGCUGAGUCAUUAAGGCUAAUGAUUUAGUAAUAGUUAACACCAAAUUAGAGAGUACUGUGUUGUUUCAGUAACAGAAGUUUGCUUCCUAACUCAUGAAUUUUGCUUGGUGAAGUAGCAUUUGGUGUAAAUUUCUCAUGUAAAAAUGACAAAGGCUCUGAAUACUUAUUCGAGAGCCCCUAGUUUUUCUUAGUUAUAGAGAUUGAUCUCUAGAUUUUCAAAGGGAAACCUGGCCCACCUGACUUGCCAAACACAAAGAAAACAAUUUAUUUUACGUUCCAUUAAAAAUACUAUUUUAUUCAUGUAUAUGUACUUGACAAUUCAUUAGUGAAUCUUGAUUGAGGAAUGAUUCCACACUAGAAUUGUAUUUUUGCGAAUAAUUAUGAUUGAGUUUUCGGGGACAAAUAUUCAUACAAUCUCAAUUGUCAUCAAAGAUUUCCAUGGCACUUGCUGCAAUAGCAGGUAUGUUAACCCCGAUCUUCUUGGAAAAACUCCCAACCUAGCUUCUCACCACCGUGGCCACAUAAUCAUUCUAAACAUCUCUUCUCUACUGCAACAAUAUUGUAGUUUUUUUUUUUUUUACUUGUGAAAUAAAGGUUGAUCGAUGGCAAAAAAAUGUCCAGCAGGAUACAUUUUUACACUUGCUGAUCCAGGGUUGUGUCUCAGAAGGAAAUGUAUGCAGUGUUUUGGUGCAACUGUUCACUCUGAUCUGUUGAAUGUGUGGGGUGAGGCUGAUCGUACAAAGAUCUGCCCUCUCAGUCUGAUUGCCCUGCAGCCCUGACAAUCACCCUUCACACUGCUGUUUAUCCAACCAAUCGGCGCUUGGAUGCGAGAAGAAUUAUAGGGGCCUCUAGUGGCCAAAAGGCCGUAUUGGCAUGGGCAGCUCGAUUGAGGGCUUCCAUCAUUUUAAUGUAGUCAAUUGGGUGGGACUUCCAACUUCAUUUGCUGAUCCCUCUUGGUAAUUUUGCUGUAGUCAUGUCUUACCGGGUCCUCAAGAGUGAUCAGCUAAUCGUGAAGAAAAUUGACAUCUUCAAAAUGGAGAUCGCCUCAAUGGAACUGCCCAUGCUGUGACAGAAGACACUAACAGAGAUGAGUCCAUCUAUCUAUGGUAAUGACAGACUCCCACAUGAUGUUUUCCAAUCUUAAAGGUGUUGCUCAUCCAUUGUACCUAACCACACAACCAUAAAGAACUAUCUCUAAUGGAAACAGCUGUGUGUUGGUGACAAGACAAGUGCUCAGUAUGGGCCUGAACAUCUACCCUGACAGAACUAUAGUGGGCAAACCAAAACCAAUCAGCAUUAAAUGUACAUGCAUAGCCAACCGCUCAGAAAAGCUCCAGCCAAACUUUUUUUUUCAUGGUCCUAGUUCUUGCUGGAUAUAGCGAGCAACAAUUUCUUUCACUGAUGCAGCCGGACCUUUUUGGUAAUCAAGCAACAAAGACAGUCCCUGCUGCCCUGUGAUUGUACUGUGCCUUCCUCGGACAUCCUCUGCCUCACCUCAACAAAAUUAAUGGCUACUCGCCAAACAUUUAAUUGGGGUUUUAUAUGUUCAUGUGUAUUUUCCCGACAUUCAAAUACAUAAAGGCUGAUUGUUGCUUAUUGUUUUGUUUUUUUAACGUUAUUGGCCACAGUGUAAUGUUAGUUUAUUAAACCGUUAUGAAAAUAUA